UUUAUUAUCGAUAUUGUUAAAGUAGCUGAGCAGCUGUGAAAUUGAAGGCAGCCAAACAUUAAAAGCAAAUUAAACGCAAAUACAAAUAAAUAAAAAGAAAAUGGCACAGGACAUGCUGCUUGGCACAGAGGAGCCCAGCAGCAAUAAGGAGACAUUUCUGCAGCAGUUCUGUCUGCUUGCCAAGAACGCGACUGGUGCAGCACUCCUAGAUGUCAUCAAACAAGUUUUGGACGCACCAAAUGUCUUUGUUUUCGGUGAACUCCUCGCGGAGCCCAAUGUCACAGAGCUGAAGGACGGACCCGAUGCCAAGUACUACAACACUCUGAAUCUGUUCGCCUACGGCACCUACAAGCAGUUCCGUGACCAGCAGCAGGAUUACAUCGAGCUAACGCCAGCCAUGCAAAAGAAACUACAGCAUUUGACCAUCGUCUCGUUAGCCAUUAAGACCAAGAGCAUUCCCUAUGCUGUGCUGCUGAACGAACUGGAAAUCGAUAAUGUGCGACAUCUGGAGGACAUCAUCAUUGAGGCUAUCUAUGCGGAUAUUAUUCAUGGUAAACUAUUUCAGAACACACGCAUUCUGGAAGUGGAUUAUGCGCAAGGACGUGAUAUACCGCCCGGCUAUACGGGCAAGAUAGUGGAAACCCUGCAGGCCUGGGUGAACUCCUGUGAUGGGGUAUCCAACUGCAUCGAUAUGCAGAUUAAGUAUGCGAAUAGCGAGAAGGCCAAACGGCUGUAUAACAAGGAGCGCAUCGAGCAGGAGCUUAUAAAUUUGAAGAAAGUGCUCAAGAGCCAGGCCUCCGACAGCGAUGAGAGCAUGCAGGUGGACACACACGGACCGGGCACCAGUAACAGCGGUGGCAUCAAUCAACCGGAGGUGCGCAAGAAGCCCACCAAGAUGAAGAACCCACGAAGCGUUGGCCUCAAGUUCAGCAAGUGAGUGCAGGAGCGCCAUGUGCCAAGCAGCCGGAGGGGCAGUCGAGAAAGCUAAAACAGAACUUGGCACAUUCGGUGGGACGUACAGGGCAAACAGAAAUGCAACUCAUUUAAAGACUUCAAUACAGCAAUUUACAUCUGCAUUCGCUGGAGCUCAUCAUUAGUCAUUAAAAUUAUCAAAUAAAUAAACACAAGGUUCAGCAAUUGAAAUAACCGAAGAAUAA